AAUCUAGGUUCCCUUCCUGAAGCGAGUUUGCCAAAUUUCCUGUUGGGUAACUUUGAAUUCUUGGUCUGUUUAGCCUUAGCCGUGGCUAUACACUGUAUCUCCUCAGCCUUGAGACCACGGGGCCGCCACUCUCACGUUGUCCAAGGCGGCCAGGCCCUCUCUGUUUAUCUGUGGCUGAUUUGAAUUCCUGAUUCUCUUGCCUUCGCUUCCCGAGGGUUGGGAUUUCAGGGGUUUCACUUUCACCUUCUAGAUCUCUGGCUUCUCUGGAGCACCCACCUGGAACUAUGGUCCAUGCUUUCCUCAUUCACACCUUGAGGGCCCCGAAUUUGGAAGAUACAGGCCUUUGCCGAGUUCUCUACUCCUGUGUCUUUGGUGCUGAGAAAUCACCCGAUGAUCCACGACCACAUGGAGCAGAAAGAGACAGGCUCUUCCGCAAGGAACAGAUUUUGGCGGUGGCCAGACAGGUGGAGUCACUGUGUAGGCUGCAGCAGCAAGCAUCUGGAUGUUCCUCCUCAGACCUUCAGCCUCAGUUCUCAGCUGAGCCUGUGUCCCUGCAUGAGGCCCCUCAUGGAGCCUUCCGCCUGGCAGCUGGGGACCCUUUCCAGGAGCCACGGACUGUGCUCUGGCUGGGUGUGCCCUCCUUGGGUUUUGCCCUGGUGUUAGAUACCCAUGAGAACCUGCUGCUGGCUGAGCGCACACUCCGACUCUUGGUUCGCCUCCUUCUUGAUCACCUCCGGCUGCUGACACCUGGCACCAACUUCUUGUUGCGGGCUGACCGUAUUGAGGGAAUCCUCACCCGCUUCCUGCCACAUGGGCAGCUGCUUUUCCUCAAUGACCAGUUUGUCCAGGAUCUGGAGAAGGAAUUCAGUGCUGCGUGGCCCCGCUGACCCCUCACCAGAAUGAGGCUUCCUUACAUGACAAAGGGCAAGGGUAAAGAUUGCCAGGGGAAGUUUGACAUCUGCCCAGCCUGCUCCCUACUCUGAUGUGUGGCCACGCUCAGGACAUAUGGAUUGAGCAAGCCUGCAGGAAGAAGAGACCUUGGUAGAAGGCUGUCUGUGCCUGAUCUCAGGCCACUGGAAUUGUAGAGCAUCCUGAAUCUAGAGCUGCCCUGUGACCUCUUAGACUCGGCAGUGUCUACCAUGUCCUUGACUCCACUUCCUUUCAGCUCUAGCGGCUGUCAGUACUGGAGCAAUGUACCGCUGGCCAAGCUUACCGAGUCGAUAGCCCCAGCACAAAAGGAGUCUCUGAGACCCACUUCAAGGUUGGAGAGCUGGGCCAGUACCCUAGCAAGCCCCAGUCCCUGCCUUUGCACAUCAGCAAGGAUUUUGUCAGCAAGGCCUGUUCUGCAUCUGGCUCCAUCACAGUUCAGAGCAGGGGGAUUCUGCGGCUCCUUAUGUGCCCUGUCUGUCUGCCAGGAGAGCUGAGAGCACAACAGCUUUGCUUGUCUGCUGGCCGGAAGGUGCCAGGCAUCUGGCCCAGGUGAUGUCUUAUUUUGAAUUAAAAACAAUGGUGAUCUGA